AUGGCAAAUCUACCGGCCCACGCCUCACCCAAACUCGCCCCGCAUUUGAACCCCCCUACCAGCCGACCAGAUGGCAUACUCGACGAUGUCAGUGAAGCAAGCAGCACGGAGACUGGCGAGCAAACACCGGCACUACCAGAAUCGCUGUUAUCUCCUGCAUUCACCCCACCCGCAACCCCCGGCGGCACAUUAAACCUGGACCUGAACCCGACCAAAAUACUUCAUCAAACCCAAGCGGCGAACCUCGUACACCCAAGUGAACAUGCAAAAGGCCCAAAGCUUCUCCAGCAGCUACCGCAAGUGGAAUGUAUAGUUCGGGCGCGAAUCCCGACAACCAACGGCGCUGAAAUGUUCCUGCACCUCUACCUUAAUGACUUGGAUAAUAAAGAGCACUUGGCCAUUGUGUUUGGAAACAAUAUUCGCAGUCGCAGUUUAGAUCGUGUACGGCCGGGCGAGACCGAGAUGGACCGCAUGAUCCGCGGCGCAUAUGUGGGCAAGCUGCACCCGGGCCGAGUGAGCAGUUGGGUCGACGAUGAGAAGCCUGAGUCACAAUCAUCAACGACUCAGAAUAUUGAGCCCCCCUUGGUGCGCAUCCACUCGGAAUGCUAUACAGGCGAGACUGCGUGGUCGGCUCGGUGCGAUUGCGGUGAGCAGUUGGAUGAAGCUGCACGACUCAUGUCUUUCCCCGUCGAGGACCUAGCGUCCGACGCGCCUCCCGAGGCACAAUCGCUGAAGUCACGCUCUGCAGGGGGCGUCAUUGUCUAUCUACGCCAGGAGGGUCGCGGAAUUGGCCUUGGCGAGAAGUUGAAAGCUUAUAAUCUGCAGGAUCUUGGGUCUGAUACCGUUGAGGCCAAUCUUCUCCUGCGACACCCGGCAGAUGCUCGGAGCUACGGCUUGGCAACAGCCAUGCUACAAGAUCUUGGCUGUGGCGCGGACGUAAACCCGGAGGGCGUUCGUUUGCUCACCAACAACCCUGAUAAAGUCCGGGCCAUUGAAGGACCCAACCGCGAAGUACUGGUUAAGGAGAGAGUUCCAAUGGUUCCCCUGGCAUGGCGAACUGGUGGAGAGCGAGGGAUCAAGAGUUCAGAGAUUGAGGGAUACUUGAGGACUAAGGUUCGUCCGUGCAUUACCGUCGCAGCUUUAACUCGCGCUAACAAAGCCCUGGUGAUAGAUCUCAAAAAUGGGUCAUAUGAUCCAAUAAUCAACGCUCCUCAGCCGUCUUCAUUGUCUUCUCCUUUAUUAUUUCCCGACCGUUUUCCCUUUUCUUGCUAG